UGGUUUUGUAAUAAAUGAGGUGAGGGUGUUGCAGUUCUCAUGGCGGCGUUGCAGGGCCCUUAAUUCCGUGCAUUGUUGCUUGGGAUUGAACGGGGGAGAGAGAGAAAUGGGAGCUAAUAAGUUAAUAGAAACCAUAUUUGUUUUACCAUAGAACAAUUCUUAAUCUUUCAGCAUUUUAACCCUAAAAAGCUGGAAGAAGAAAAAACACUCAAAAAGAUCAGAGAAUUGAACAACAACAACAACAGCUCUUCUGCUCAAAUACUGUAGUAGUUGGGUUUAGGGUUUCCUGGGAUGGUUAGAGUGAAGAACAGAACCAAAAAACAAAACCCAACAAAUACUCACAGGCUAACAGUGGUCUUUAAAAACCUACCAGAAAAAGGUUUUACAGUUGAAACGCAUAAAGAAGGCAACCAGCUCAUUAACUAGUGAUCUCGGGCUGUGGGGCGCGGCAAAUAUGGGGUACUAAAUAGGGCAAAUUCUGCUAUGGAAUUUUGGUUCAAUUUGAGGUUUGUUUCAGCUUUUGGGUGCAACAAAUGGCUGGCUUUUUCUAUCUAGGUGGACGAGAAGCAGCAGACACCGGAAAUAAACAAGGAGAAGAAGAUAAAGACGAGAGUCUGUAUUUGUAUAAGAACGAAGAGAUCUACAGCAAGGGUUUCGAGAUAUGGCCGCAGCAGUAUUAUUACCAAGAGCAGCAGCAGCAGCCGAACGUGACCAACAUCACUUUUGGAGCGGGUCCUAGUCGAGUACGAGCUAGUGGGUUUAUCUUGUCCGACGAGACGCCUUCGAGAUCAGUAGGGUUUACUGUUAUGAAAAAUGGAGGGAUGAAUUGCCAAGAUUGUGGAAACCAAGCUAAGAAAGAUUGUCCGUAUUUGAGAUGUAGGACUUGUUGUAAGAGUAGAGGGUUUCAGUGCCAAACGCACGUUAAGAGCACUUGGGUUCCCGCUGCUAAAAGGCGAGAAAGACAACAGCAGCUCGCGGCUUUGCAACAAACGCAACAGCGUGAUAACAUUGAACAAUUCCGUGGAGAGAAUCCGAAAAGGCUGAGAGAGAAUCGUGGUUCUCCCUGCACUCGUAUAUCCCCAACUUCAUCAGGGUUGGAACUGGGUCAAUUGCCUCAAGAAGUGAGUUCACCAGCAGUGUUCCGCUGUGUGAAAGUAAGUGCGGUGGACGAAGAAGAAGAGGAGUUAGCUUAUCAAACGGCUGUGAAUAUCGGAGGGCAUGUGUUCAAAGGAAUCCUCUACGAUCAAGGCCCUGAAACUCAUUACACCAGUGGCGGCGAAACCUCUCACUCUCAGCAACUCAAUCUCAUUACCACGGCGGCAACAACCGCGGAAACUGCUGGAACGACAAUAACAACAGCCGCCGCCUCUUCGAGGCGUCCGAUAACAAGUAUGCUCGACCCAUCUCUUUUUCCACCUCCACUCAACGCUUUCAUUGCUGGUACGCCAUUCUUCCCACCUCCAAGGUCAUGAUUUACAGGCCUAGCUAGGGCUAGCUAUCUCCAAUUUCAAGAGAAACUUCCAUUGUUGAUCUCUAGCUUUCAGUGUUUCUUUUCGUCAUUGUUAAAGCAUAGAAUUUGAAUGACAGAUGCUGCAUAUGGUACUGGUUUGGGGAUGUUUAUUUUUUUCGAAUUUCAAUUCAGAUUUUCAGUGUUUGUUCUUCAGUACGUGGAUG